CCUACUUGACGCUAGAGAUUUUCCUGUAUCUCAUGAAUUUUGCGAUUUUUUUUCAGGAAUUUCUGGGGAAAUUUUACUAGAAAUUCUGCAGGAAUUAUUUUUAUCGAUCUGGCAACACUGUCGUACACAUAAGUAUUUGCGAGCCCUGUGGGAAAUUUGUAAUAUUAAUUGUCCAAACUUUAAGUAUUGGAUAACCAUGGUUCGAAAGUACGAAAGAAAAACAGCUAGAGCUAAUACUCCACCUGAUAUUAUGCUUAAAGCUGUCAGAGCUGUUAAAUUAAAUAACCUAUCAAUCCGACAAGUUGCUGAAAAGUUUAAUAUCAAUUAUCGUACGUUAACUCGUUAUUGCAAAAAGAUUCCUGAAGAGGAAUUACUAUGUGAGAAUAUUACCACCCCAACGAUUUCUAUAGGUUAUGUUAAAGUCAGACAAACUUUCACUAACUCUCAAGAACAGGAGUUAAUAAAUUACAUUCGGCAUGCAUCAGAUAUCUAUCUUGGUCUUUCUACCAAAGAAGUCAAAAUCUUGGCUUAUAAUUUAGCUCAGUAUAAUUCCAUUAAGAUGCCUGCAUCCUGGAUUAAAAAUAAAAUGGCGGGAGAUGAUUGGUUAAAUGCAUUGAUGAAACGUCACAGUGAUCUUCCAAUUCGAAAAACAGAAACCACAAGUAAAACGAGAGAAAUAAGUUUCAGCAGAGCUAAUGUUGAGUUAUUUUACAAGAAUUUGGAAAGGAUAAUGACUUGUUAUCAUUUUCAACCUGAAGAUAUUUGGAACAUGGAUGAAAUUGGAAUAACAACUCUCCACAUACCAAAUAGAAUGGUUGCUCGGAGAGAUCAAAAGCAAGUUGAAAACAAUAUUUCAGCUGCACGUGGAAAUUUAGUUACUGUGGCUUGUACUAUAUCUGCAAAAGGAGAUCACAUGCCACCCUUUUUUGUGUUUCCUCGUGUAUAUUUUAGGGAUUAUUUUAUUGCAUCUGCUCCAGCUGGAACAAGUGGCACUGCCAACAAGUUGGGUUGGAUGGAAGAAAAAGACUUUGAAAAAUUUUUAAGACACUUUCAUGCUCACUCAAAGUGCUCGAUUGAAAAACCAGUUUUGUUAUUAUUGGACCAACAAAGUUUACAUCUCAGUAUUGAAAGUUUAAACUAUACAAAAGGAAAUGGAAUUGUGAUGUUAUCCUUUCCACAAUAUUGUUCACAUAAAUUACAACCUCUUGAUAGAACAAUAUUUGAACGCUUCAAAGAACAUGUAAAUUCUGCUUCUAAUGCUUGGAUAUUAAACAACCCUAACCACACAAUGAAUAUUUAUAAUAUCCCUGAAGUUGUUGCUGUUGCCUAUCCUCUUGUCAUGACACCAACAAAUAUUCAAGCAGGUUUUAAAUGCACUGGCAUAUUUCCUUAUAAUAAUGACGUUUUCUCAGACUUGGAUUUCGAAUCAGAUUUCAUCACUGAUGAAUCAUCUCUUGAAAAAAAUGUAGUAAAGAAUAAUGACGAAGAACAACUUAUAAAAGAAGAUAUGAUAAAAAUAGAAACAGCUAGUUUUUGUUCUUCAGAGUGUGAUGUUUCUGAAUCAUUUCCUGAAGAGUCAGACAAAGUUUUUAAAAUAUCAAGUGAUGAGGAGAAAGAAAAAAUGGAAGAUUUUCAUUCUUCUAAAAUUGGUCCAAGGAAAAGUCCUCGUAAGUAUGCAAAAAGACAAGUAGCAACAACUGUUGCUGAUAUACCAGCAAUAAAAAAACUGGAACUAGAAAAUAUAGAAAAUAAGGACACAAAUAAAAGAAAAAGUAUCAAAAUAUCACUUAAAAAAAUGAAUAAAGAAACAAAAGAUGAAAAUUCUACUAAAAAACUCAAAGAAAUUAAACAAGUGACAAAAUGUAAGAAGGUUGCAAAGAAGAAGGAAGCUCUUAAAGAAAAAGAAUGUUUUUGUACAAUUUGCCUGAAAUCUGAUCCUGACAGUUUGUCUAAAGAAAAAUGGGUCCACUGCACUCAUUGUAAGAAAUGGUCUCAUGAAGCAUGUAUUUCUGUUGUAUCAUAUUAUACAUGUCGCAAAUGUGAGUCUAUGUGAGCUCCUACAUUAUAAAAUUGUUAUAUAAUUCAGACUGCAAUAUGUUAUUUACUGUAAGUUAAAUCUUUAUAAGAAAUGCAUACACCAAAAAAAUUCUAUUGUAAAAAGUUAUCAUUUUAUGUCAAUGAUUGUGUAUUAAGUUAUUUUAAUGAUUAUAAAUUAUUAUUGUUUGACUUAUUUUAUGAUUAUUUACUAAAAACUACAAAAAAGGUAGUGCAAAAGUUUUACCUUGUAUUUAACUUUAAAAAAAUUAUCAUAAAAUACUCAUAAAAGUUAAAUAUAUAUUUUAUAAUUAAAUUAUUACUAUUUUAAGUGAUUAUUUUAUGAAGUACCUGAUUACGUAACUUUAACUUUACUAAAUUAUUAAGAUGUAUUAGAAUUAUAACUAUUUGUAUUGUUUCUUCUAUAUGAAAAACGUGACAUGUCUCAGAUUGUAUAAUGAUCAAUCUUGGAUUUAUUAUAUGUUGUCAUAUUUGUAUAAUUUAAUUUAUAACUAAGGCCACGUUCUGUGUUACGCAUAUGCGUGCAUUUAUCUAUAUGUUAUGUAUAUUGUAGGAAAUGCGCGCCUCAUGCGCAACUCGGAACGCACCCUAAGUAACUUUAUUAUGUAUGUGUGUAUAUAUAUAUAUAAAAGAGUUUUUUCUAAAUCUAAGAAAUGUAGCAAUGUUAAAAUGUGCGUGACAAAAUAAAAUAAUGUAUAGAUUUUUUUAAA